CUUUGGAGGCAUUUUCAAGAGUGGGAAAGGGAGAAGAAAAAGAGAGGCUAAAAUGUGUAUAUAAGAACCACUGCACUCUCCUGUGACCUCAACAUCAACAAAAUCCACAAGCACAAGUUGUGAAUUGUGAUUCUUGACUCUUGAGAGCUACAACCUACUGUGCGGAGAAACCCUUGUGGUGUUUUAUCUACUCGCCCAUAUUCCAGCUAACUUAACUAUCAUCCGUUCUUGCAGAUACAUACAUACAUACAUGUAUAUACGUAUUCUGUAGAGCCCUCAAGUCCACACAUUCCUUUCUCUCACUUCUGUCAGAGAGAUUUAAAAAAGGGUGAAAUCUUGGUUAACUUCUCAAGGUUGGUGAAAUGGCCAGUUGGGUAUUAUCAGAAUGUGGUGUGAGCCCACUUCCAAGACUCUAUCCCAAGCCAAGAACUGGCCAUGCCCAAGCUUUCUUGAAUCCUCCUAACCCCUCAAAGUUGAGAAUUUCAAGAACAGAUUUUGGGAACAGUUUCUCGUUCUGUUUGGUUAAUCAUAAAGAGAGGAACUGGGCUUUAAGGGUUAGUGCACCACUGACAGUUGGGCAAGUAGAAGAAGAGAGUAAGGAGAAUGGUGGUGAAGAGUUUGAUCCAGGCGCCCCACCUCCAUUCAAGCUGUCUGAUAUCAGGGCAGCCAUUCCAAACCAUUGUUGGGUUAAGGAUCCAUGGAGGUCUAUGAGCUAUGUGGUAAGAGAUGUGGUUGUGGUCUUUGGGCUGGCAGCUGUGGCUGCCUAUUUCAACAACUGGGCUGUUUGGCCUUUGUAUUGGUUUGCUCAGGGGACUAUGUUCUGGGCUCUCUUCGUUCUUGGCCAUGACUGUGGGCAUGGAAGCUUUUCUAAUGAUCCCAAGCUGAAUAGUGUAGUUGGUCAUCUUCUUCAUUCUUCCAUUCUGGUUCCUUACCAUGGAUGGAGAAUUAGUCACAGGACUCAUCAUCAGAACCAUGGGCAUGUCGAGAAUGAUGAAUCCUGGCACCCUUUAUCUGAGAAGAUCUACAAGAAUUUAGAUAAUGUUACCAAGAAAUUGAGGUUCACAUUGCCUUUCCCCAUGCUGGCAUACCCCAUCUAUCUGUGGAGUAGAAGUCCUGGGAAAACAGGCUCUCAUUUCCAUCCAGACAGUGAUUUGUUUGUCCCAAGUGAGAGGAAAGAUGUGAUUACCUCAACAGUGUGUUGGACGGCAAUGGUUGCAUUACUUGUUGGAUUAUCUUUUCUUAUGGGUCCUCUCCAAUUGCUCAAACUCUAUGGCAUUCCUUACUUGGGUUUCGUAACUUGGCUUGAUUUAGUUACCUACUUACAUCACCACGGGCAUGAGCAGAAGCUACCUUGGUACCGUGGAGAGGAAUGGAGUUAUCUGAGAGGGGGGCUAACAACACUCGAUCGUGACUACGGAUGGAUAAACAACAUCCACCACGACAUCGGGACUCACGUCAUACAUCACCUCUUCCCUCAAAUCCCACACUAUCAUUUGAUCGAAGCAACAGAAGCGGCUAAGCCAGUUCUCGGAAAAUACUACAGGGAGCCUCAGAAAUCAGGCCCUCUUCCAUUUUACUUGCUGGGAGUGCUCCUAAGAAGCAUGAAAAAGGAUCAUUAUGUGAGUGAUACUGGUGAUGUUGUCUAUUAUCAGACUGAUCCUGAGCUGAACUGAGAAAUCAUAAGGGUUGAUUUGAUCCAAGGGAUGUGGAUGUCUGUCAAGAGAAUUGAUCUUUUGAUUUCUUGCAAUGAUGGGAUUGGGAUUUAGAUGUUACAGACAACAAAACCAUUGAUUGUGUAUUUGUUAAGAAUGUAAAAUGACAUUAUAGUGCAAAUCUUGGUAAUGAGGGAAAGGGAGACUUCUUCCAAGAGCUGUUGUUUUCAGUUUCCACACUCACUGUCUGUGGACCAGAUCAGAUAGCUAAUGCCCACAAUUCAUUUUUUUUAUUUUAAUAUAGCUAAUGCCCAUAAUGCACUUUUUUUCCUAGCAUGUAUGCUAAUGAUAUACAUUCUGUAA